ACGUACGUCUGUGUACGUGCCAGGCUGCCUGGUUAUGUGCUGCUGCGUCGCCUGUGGUUCUCAUGUGUUGUCGUUUAUUCUUAACCCGCACGUGUGUGUUACCUGGUAUUUUAAACUCUCGCGGACCUGAGGUGUUGCCGUAGUUCGUGCUGGAGAUUAAAUCCGGACCGGAUUUGCGAUAAAGCGAAGUGUUAGCUUUGGGUUUAGUUAGCAAGUUGCUAACUACUUGUAGCAGUUAUAGGUUAAGCUUGGCUGUAUCCUUAAAAUGCGUUUAGCGGGAUAACUACUCAGUUUUUAGUUUUGUAGAGAAAUAGAUUAAUAACCUGCCAGCUGUCGGAGGAAAUAUCUGUGAGGCAAAAGUUAUACACGGGUCAUUUAGCAGUUACAGAGGAGCUUUGUGGACCAGGUGACCUUCCCUGACAGCUGGGUGAGAGUCUGUGAUUUCACCGGACAUGUGAUUUAUUAUUUUAUUUCUUAUGGUUGUGUGCUCACUUGUAAGAAUGAGUCGCCGCUCUGUGGUGAACUUUGUGAGCCUGGGGAGCCGAGCUGUCAGCCUGCUGCAUGGAAACUACCAUCGCCCCCUGCACACCUCAAUAUGCAACAACUCAUCACUGCCAACAGGUGGAUUCAAACCUGAGAAGGUGGCUGUGGUUACAAAAACCACACGAUAUGAGUUCGAGCAGCAGAGGUAUCGCUAUGCAGGACUCUCUGAAGACGACCUGAGACAGCUGCUUGCCAUGAAGGGCUCCAGCUACAGCGGCCUGCUGGAAAGACACAACAUCCACACCAACAAUGUGGAGCAUAUUGUGAAGAGCCUGAGGAAAGAAGGCAUCGAGGUGCGAGUGGUGAAGAGAGGAGAGUAUGAUGAAGAAGUCGUGCGAUGGGCAGAUGCUAUAAUCUCUGCUGGAGGUGACGGGACAAUGCUACUUGUUGCCAGUAAGGUUUUAAGCAAGGACAAACCGGUUGUUGGAGUAAACACGGACCCUGAGAGGUCAGAAGGUCACCUGUGCCUGCCCGUGCGGUACACUCGAGCCUUCCCUGAGGCUCUGCAGAAACUCUGCCGUGGUGAGUUUAGGUGGCUGUGGCGUCAGAGGAUCCGUCUGCACCUGGAGGGGACGGGGAUCAACCCCAUCCCGGUGGACCUGCACGAGUUGCAGCUGAGCCUGGAGCAGCACAGUCAGGCUCAUCGCAUCACCACCAAGGACAGCCAGCGGAGGAAAAGAAACGUGCAGGAGAGCUUCUCCAAGCCGAGUCUGCUCCCCAUCCGGAGCCUGAAUGAGAUCUUCAUCGGAGAAUCUCUGUCCUCCAGAGUUCACCUCCACAGGGCUUCCUACUACGAGAUCUCUGUGGAUGACGGCCCCUGGGAGAAACAGAAGAGCUCAGGACUCAGCAUCUGCACGGGAACAGGAUCCAAAGCCUGGUCGUAUAACAUCAACAAACUCGCCGAACAAGCUGUGGAGGAGGUGCUGAAGAUUGGGAAAUCCCAGACCGGUCUAGAUAUCCCCCUUAAUCGGGACUUCAUUGGAAAGGUUACUGAUGAAUACAACGAGUCCCUGGUGUUCAGUCCGCACGACCAACGUUUAUUGUACAGCGUCAGGGAGCCGAUCGUCAACCGCGUCUUCUCCAGCAGCCGCCAGAGAGGCUUCGCCAGCAGGGUGUGUGUUCGCUCGCGGUGCUGGGACGCCUGCAUGGUGGUCGACGGCGGGACUUCUUUCGAGUUCAACGACGGCGCCUUCGCUACAAUCAGCAUGAGCGAGGAGGAUCAGCUCCGGACGGUUCUUCUAGAAAACUAAGCACUCGCUAAUUUCAAACUGAGUUCAAAGGGAAGUACAGCUUUUAGAUUUUAGCUUCCUAAAGGUGUUUUUUAUACCUGAGCAGCAGAAAGGUAUCAUUGUUACUUUUGUUUUUUGAAGCGUGUUCUUUUUCCUCAACUUAUUAUUUUCAAACUGAUUUUUUUCUUUUGUUUGAAAAUCCCUUGACAACUUUCCAACAUGUGAUAACGGCUGAUAUGAGUUUUUCCAGAAACUGUCAAACAUAUUUAAAGUCUGUUAUGAUUGACUGUCUCUCACAGCAUUAAAGGAGCGAUAUGUAACUCUGACACCUAGUGUUCAAAAAGGGUAAUGCAGUCUGAAUCUAAAACAUUGUAGAGAGCUGUCUCCCCCCGCCUCCUCCUCUCUAGAGUCGAUGCUCACGCAAGUUGCCAUGUGGUGGACACUGAAGCUUCAGUGUUUAGCCAGCUCUGUUCAAAAGUGUUUAAAAUGUAUGAUUAUUUCAGAUCAGUUCAUUGAGAUCGGAGCGAUGACUUUAUGACACUAAAACCCAGUUAGACAUAAUUAUGCUUCAUGUUUGCUGGUGAAUCAGCUAAGAGCUCAAACAAAUGUCAUCUUUAAGACACAAUGUACAGGGGCGCCAAUGGCCUAGGGGUUAAUUUGCAUGCCCCCAUGUACAGAGGCUUUAGCCAUCGAAGCGGAUUUCCAGCUCUAGCUUAAACCCCUUUGGCACAAAACCCGCAAAAUAAAUUGUAAAAAAAACAUUAUAAAGAUGCAUUUCUGAGGGACUAUUUUCAGCGGUGGAUGAAUCCCGAUUUGCUGCUCUAGUCAUUGUUUGUUGCAGCAGGAUGUUGUGUUUUUGAUCGAGUCCAAACAAACUCAAGCGUGUUUACUGAGAUGAUCUAUAACGUGGAGGGAGAAGAAACAUCCAGCUGUGAUGCAAACUGAACAGAAAUAUAUUUAGUGCUGGAGGGAUAUGAAAGUGUUUUUGUACAGUGAACUGAAUGCACAGCGGCUGAAGAUAUUUUUGAAAACAAAGCGUGUAUAUUUUUUGUAGAAGUUUGAAACACUGGAGUCUGAGAGGAGGAAACAGAGUGCACUAACAGCAGGACGUCAUUUUGCUCCAUGAUUUAAGGUCACACGUCUGUAACCUCUCACAGGACAGGAGGAGACGAUGUUUUAAGAUCAGCGAGUGGCUGAAGGUUUCUACAGAAAGGGAUUUCAGUGAUUUUUGCUCGACACUAAAUGUGCUGUGAUGACGAGGAGUGUGACGACACAGUGGUGCAGUCAGAUCGAUUUUAAACAAAAUCAAUUAAUCUUCUUGUACACACACACACGACAUUACAUAUUGUUGGCACACCUCCCUGCCCUGGACUCUGAAUGACGAGGGUUUCUCUUAAUGAGGAUGAGUUUAUAAAUCAGGAAACUGUACAUCGAAGCGUGCCAAAAGAACGAUCCUCAUGAACAUCCUGUGUCAGUUUUUGAAUCAGAUAAAAGUUGUUUGAAAAAAAAAA